AUGUUCACCGGCCUUGUUGAGCACCUCGCCACGAUCACGCACAUCGAGCCCGCCACGGCUAACACCGAGCAUAUUCUUACGCUCGGCCAUGCAGCACCGAUCCUCGAUGACUGUCAUGAGGGCGACAGUAUCUGCGUCAACGGCGCGUGCCUCACCGUCCUUACGUUUGAUACUGACAGCUUCAAGGUCGGUAUGGCGCCCGAGACGCUUCGUCGCACCAACCUCGGCGAACUCAAGGUCGGAGACAAGGUCAACUGCGAGCGCGCGAUGGCUGCCAAGAGCCGCUUUGGAGGGCAUGUCGUCCAGGGCCACGUUGAUGCUGUCGCUACUAUCAAGAGUGUCGUUCCGGACGGUGCAAGCUUGAGGUUUACCUUUGCUUUUGCAGAGGAGGCCGCACACCUCAUGCCCUACGUCGUCGAAAAGGGUUUCGUCACGGUCGACGGCGCAUCUCUGACCCUUACAGGGGUUAACGACGCCGACCUUAGCUUUGGCAUCAUGCUCAUUGCCCACUCCCAGGGCAAGCUUACCCUCACCGGCAAGAAGGCUGGGGACGCCGUGAACAUCGAGGUCGACUGUGUCGGCAAGUACAUCCUCGGCCACGAGAGCCGGAUGGCUGGCCUCGUCGAGCGCGUCGUCGACCGCCGGUUGGCUGAGCUCGGCCUCCUCAACCCCCGGCAACUGUAG